GGAGAUGCCCUAAAUCCCCAAAUUCCAAACGGAGCCCUAAUUUCCGCUUUCCACCCCCAAAUUCGAAAUCCUAUUUUCUUGAUUCUCAAACCGACAACACCCUCUCAAUUCUCGACCAAAGCAAAGCCCUAAUUUUCCCAUCUCUCUCUCUGUCCGCUGAUGACGACGAUGUCGAAAGAUGCAGCAAGAUCGUGUGUAUACUUCCGCGCUCUGAGAUCGGGGGAUUACGCCUACGACUGGUACAAGAUCGACGACACCACAGAUUCGGGCACUCAUCUCUCUCCGGCGCUCCCCAGGCUUCCCAUCAGCUCCGAGCUCUCAAGCUGCGUCUCACUUGGUCCGGCCAUCUACGUCUUUGGCGGAGCAAAGGUCAGCGCAGACGGCUCGUACGUGAAGGGACACCUGGACGAACUCCAUUGGAUCGACACUCUCCGUCCCGAUCAAACCGGUUGGGUGAAAGCCCCUCCGACGUCGAGGCCUAGGGCCCUCACUUACCAGGCCAACAUCAACGGCAAGAUCUACCUCAUGGGACGCGGAGUCACGGAUGUCUUGGAGAAUACCGAGUUGAAUUGCUGGCGCAGCUUGAAGCCGCCUCUGGUGGAAACCACUCCGUCAGGGCACGCUGUUUUGGACGGCGGCAAGGGGUUUCUGGUGAAUUACCCUCUCUUGGAUGCGCUCUACAAGUUCGACGUGGUACGGAACACGUGGUCCGUUCACGACUUGGAUUGUGGUAGAAUUGGUUUCAAAACAGCCUCCGUUGAUGGUAUUUUGUUCAGCUUCCUUCCUGUUCCUUCCGGCAGGGGCAUUUGUGGUUACCUUGUUUCGGAUAGUAAACCUUUUGGAUCACCAAAACCGGUGUUAGGUUUGGAGGUGUUGGAUUUGAUAUCGGCGGAGGAUGGUGAUUACGUAAUGAAUUAUGUUCCUCGGGUGUUGCUUGAUGCAGGCAACGGAAAGCUAUGUGCUAUAUACACUCGAGAUUUAGGUGUUGGAUCUGGAAACAUCAAGGUUUACUGCCUUAAAUUUCGCGUCUCUAAGGAUUUCGACGAAGUAUCGGGUGAAACUAAUUUCCUGGCUGAGAAUCCAGUACUGUCCCAUUACUAUUGCGAUGACGUCACCAAUUUAUUUGACGCCGUGUCUGUGUUUCCAUAUGAAGGAAUGAAGACAGAAAAUGGUGUUGGCAUCGAGGAUAAGAUGACUUCAAUGACAACCAUGGAAAUCAGGAGCUGCAAAGACCAAGUUCAAGGAGGUGGCAACAAUAAGACCAGCAGCAUCAACCAGAAGAAGAAAAACUGGAAGAAUACAAAGAAAUAGUAUAACACUAAGUCCACCCGCAACAAGGAAAUUGAUAUUAAGAACAAGAACGAGAUGGUGUUUGUUCGUAUUAGUGAGGUUGAUGCUUUUUUCUGUUAUCGAAGAUGACCUUUGUUAUUGGCCCUUUUUGUUAAAAAGGAACUGGUCUAAAACUAUGUAUGGCUUCCUUUUCUUGCAUUUUUAAUUGUACGUACUAUAUUACUAUGCUUCUCUCUUCUUAAUGCAUGUACAUGGAUUCUAUC